AUGGCAGGAGCACUCGAGCCCACUGGACAAGGCAGGCACGCAUUACACCGCCAGCGAGACAAUCGGCUGCCGAGAGCUCCCCCAUUGCAACAUCGACGACCGACAACGACCACAGCGCCCGCGACGUUGACGACGAUACCCCUGCGAACGACGGCACUGUACCUUUCUUUGACGAACCAUCCCUAUCGCAUCCGUAACACAGCCGCGCCCAACCCUGCGUCGUCCGGCACAACUGCACCGCGCCAGACUCCAGGGCCUCUGGUGUUGGCCGCCGCAUACGGAGGAGCACAAUGUCUGCCGCAAAGGCUGCCCGCGUGGGCGAGGAGUGGGUACUGCGCAUGUUGCCUGUGUGGAAAUGGAUACCGGGCUAACCUCGCCAGAAUCUGGAAGACGCGGAUAGACAAGGUCAAUGCCGAGCUGGUGACCCUCACCUACGGCACCAUCGUCGCUCAGCUAUGCAAGGACUACGACAAUGACUACAUUGAGGUCAACAAGCAGCUCGACAAGAUGGGCUACAACAUUGGCCUGCGCUUAAUAGAGGACUACCUCGCAAAGUCGGUGUCCAUGAAGCGCUGCAACAACUUUCGCGAGACGGCCGAUAUGAUUUCAAAGGUCGGUUUCAAAAUCUUCCUCAACACCACGCCCAUCAUCACCAACUGGACCUCCGACGGCAAGCAGUUCUCCCUCGUCUUUGACGAGCUCCCCCUUGCCGACUUUGUCGAGCUGCCCGACGACGGCCGCGCCCAGGACGAGCUGUGGUACUCCAACAUCCUGUGCGGCGUCCUUCGGGGCGCCCUCGAAAUGGUCCAGGUCCAGGUCGAGGCCCAUUUCAUCAGUGAUGUCCUGCGCGGCAACGACACCACCGAGAUGCGGAUAUCCCUGAUCCGCUACAUUGACGACGAGCUACCACCAGAAGAUGACUAG